ACUAACGUGAGUCGCAAAAAAAGAAAACACGAGACGGAAGCUUGUAGAUUUAAAUAGGCUAACAGCAGAACUCUGUCUGAAACGGGGAAAAGAAUAGUCGCGGACACAUACGUUUCAUUCAUCCGCAUCCCUUGUUCGCCUACGUGGGCAGUAAUUCGCGCAGCAUGGUCGACAGUGUUUAUAGGACGCGUUCUCUCGGCGUCGCCGCCGUAGGCUUACCCGACCAGUAUGCGGACGGCAAAGCGGCGAAAGUGUGGCAGCUGUACAUCGGGGACACGCGGAGUCGAACGGAGGAGUAUAGGAGCUGGGUGGUUUCUCUGCUGAAAAAGCAGGGCUGCCAGAGGGUCCUGGAUGUAGCGUGCGGCACAGGGGUGGACUCCAUAAUGCUGGUGGAGGAGGGCUUCAAGAUGGUCAGCGUGGACGCCAGCGACAAGAUGCUCAAGUACGCGUUGAAGGCCCGGUGGAAUAGAAGAAAAGAGCCGGCUUUCGACCAAUGGGUGAUCGAGGAGGCCAAUUGGCUGAGCCUGGCGGACGAGGUGGAGAAGCCGGGGAACGGGUUUGACGCCGUGAUCUGCUUAGGGAACUCGUUCGCUCACUUACCGGACUUCAAAGGGGACCAAAGUGACCAGAAGCUGGCCCUGCAGAACAUCGCCAGCAUGGUGAAGCCCGGUGGGAUCCUGAUCAUCGACCACCGAAACUACGACUACAUCCUGGAGACGGGCCUGGCACCGCAGGGGAAGAACAUCUAUUACAAGACGGAUCUGAAGCAGGACAUCUCCACGUCGGUGCUGUGGGUGGAUAACAAACCUCACAUGAUCACUCUGGACUACACCCUGGAGCUGCCACAGCCACAGGGCCUACAGAGCAGCCCUGAGUUCAGCAAGUUCCGUCUGUCCUACUACCCCCACCGGCUGGAGACGUUCACCGAGCUCCUGAGGGAGGCGUUCGGCGGGAAGCUGCAGCACACCGUCUACGGAGACUUCCAGAACUACACGCCCGGGCAGACCAAGGCACCCUGCUACUUCAUACACGUCGCCCAGAAAACCGCCUGAGAGGGGCCUUCCGUGACUGCCAUCUUUCUCUUUCUCUCCCUCUUUCUCUCUCCCUCUUUCCCUUUCUUUCUGUCUCCUCUGCCACCGUCUCCCAGCCCUCUCUUUCGCUCCGAUUCUCUCCGCUCCUCUCCGACCUUCUCUCUCACUCCCCCCUCUUUCUCCCCUCUUUUGUACCUCUCUCUCUUCCCAACUCUCCCUCUCUCUCUCUCCCAUCUCUCCUUCCCUGUCUCCCUCCAUCUCCUCAGCCCUGCCGUGGUGAUCCCGGUACUUAACCCUCUCCCCAUUUCAUCUUCCCCUCCAUCCAACCUUAGCCAGCCAGCAGAAAUCCACGACUGUGAACCGUAACCACAACCGAAACUGUAAUCAGGACCAUGACCACUUUAAGCAGCAGGUAGUGAUUCUGUUGAUUCUCCCCAGUAUGUUACCUUCGCUGCGGUUAGUUUGAGCAGCAGAUGCUGAAAAAGCCCUCCUGGUGGUUUGCCCUAUAUGCUAUCUCCUGGUGGUUAGCGCUGUAAACUAGCUCCUGGUGGUUAGUGCUGUACGCUAGCUCCUGAUGGUUAGCAUUGUACGCUAGCUCCUGAUGGUUAGCGUUGUACGCUACCUCCUGGUGCUUAGUGUCAUACACUAGCUCCUGGUGCCAAGCAGGGUGUGGCUAUUUACUUGAGUAAACAAGUACUCAUCUGCAGACUCUUAAACAUUUAGAGGAGAAAAGAGUAAUCAGAAAAUCAGAAAUCUUUUUUUUAUCGGAUAUAUUAAUUGCCCUAGUAAUGGGUCAAAGUGUGCAUAACCUUGUGCAUAGCCUACUGUAUGUGUUACACUUACAGUACAGCUCAGGUUGCAAUCUCUCCUACACUCUCAAAAAUAAAGGUACAGAAAGUGCCUAAAAAGGCACCAACGGUUGUCGUGGGUGUGAUACCCCUUCGAGGAACACGAUUGUAAUGCCCAAAGAACAUGACUGUACCUCACAGUGUACACUUGGGAAAUUUGUUCCUUAGCAAACAAAAAAGUACCUCCACUGCGCCUUCAUUAAGAGUGUACCACUAGCGUCUUCUGCUCCUUGUGCUAAGUACUGUGUGCUAGUUCCUGGUGCUCAGUGCUUUCUGCUAUCACUUGGUACAGAGUGCAAGGCUUGAGGCUCUGUUCGGUCGGCCAUUUUGUGUCCACAGUUACACUUUUGAAACAGUCGUGCAUUUUUCUCCCUCUAUGGUUUUCUUGUGGGGUACAGUACUGUAGAUUACUGUGUGCCCACUUUUGUUCAGGGCUUUAAUUACAGACGGCUUAACGUCUAGUCUGCAAAAGAUGACAAUCCUCUUGAGCAGGCUUACUGUGGGCCAGUAAGCCCUUGGGCUGAGUCGUUCUCCCUUUUGUUCCCUCGCGGAAGGUUCUGGCACUCACAGUGGUGUGGAAGGCUGGUCUUUUUUUUUUUUCUCUUUUUCUCUUUAUCGCUUUAUUCGUUGUUCGGAGUUUUGGGGGUUUAACCACACCAUUUCUAUUUUCUGUGGAAAAAAUAAAGAUUCAUUUAUUUUACGUGUUACAUUAGAUUACAGGCAGUCGGCCUCUUUUGCAGAGCAAGUUACACUACAUUUGCAUAGUACACUUUCACACUGCUGGAUAUAUACUGGGGCAAGUACCGUAGUCAAGGGUAGCAUCGUUCCUGGGAAUCGAACCAGCAACCUUUAGGCUACAAGCCCAGUAGCCUUUACUGUGCUAUCAUGCUAAGUGCUGCAUCGUCAAACAACAGUGCCUUCAGUGACUGGGAGUGAAGCUGUCUGUGAUGCUAGUAAUUCUUAUGUAAACUGAGCUGAGGCUGAGGCUUUUAUCCAAAGCGACUUACAGUUGAUUAUGGGACAAUCUCCCCCUGGAGCAGUGCAGGGUUCAGGGCAACAGCUGCAUGGAUGUUAUCGUGGCUACACCGGGGCUCGAACCGAAACCUUCCAGGUCCCAGUCAUGUACCUUAACCACUAGGCUAUAGGCUCCCAGUUAGUAAUGUUUUGUUAGUAAUGUUAGUGAUGCAUCUGCAGUGAUCAUCUGCAUUGUUUUCAAAUUGGGCAGCCGUUUCACCAUACUAAACAUAGUUUUCUGCUCCUUUUCUUGCAUAUGUGAACUCAUGCCCUCCGUAAUUCUCGAAAAUCCUCUGCACAAUUGUCUACUGUGCCAGUUCAGGGCUUCAACUAAGGCUACAAGGCUCAAACACAGAAAGCUGGCCAGGACAAGUUCACGGUGAAAGUCCACUGGUCACAUUAAUCAUUGAUCGUGUGUGCCAAAAUAACCUGUGUAAAAGCAAACAAACAAAAAAAAAUGUUGCCUCUGCCAGACUUGUGUUUUCCUUGGUAAGACCCGAGCCAAAACUUUGGGCAAACCAAAGAAGGAGGGGCUGAAGCUCCUCCCAGCUCGAGACACCGUAAGAUUGCAGCUAAACACACUACAUCAGUAUCAGUGAUCGGUUUUGAUUUUCCGUCAUUAUCGCCAGUGGUUUCUUUCUUUCGUUUUAUUAUUAUUAUUAUUAUUUUUUCUUUUUUUUUUAAGCCGUGGCAACAAGGGUGUUUCCUUAAAGCGACGUGAGAAGGAGCUGGCUAUUUCAGAACGCAUUUGAUCUGCGCAUGUCUGGAAUACGGCACCUGUUGACGUUAAAUGUUUUCCGUUUCGUUUUUUUUAUUUUAUUUUUAUCAUGGGAGUGUGCUGCCACCUGCGGGAAGUGAGCGGAACUUUUAAUCUUUUAAUUUUGAUUCAUUUUUAAAAGCGAGAUUUCAGAAAACCUGGGGAACCGAGAUGAGUAUCUUUUAAUGACAGUAGUGUCUUGUUCGUCUGUGUUUACUUUGCUUGUGUGGUAAAAAAUAUAAUUAAACUGGCUCAGGUGCAAAUUGAAUAAAACUUUCCAAAGUGCA